GGAACUCCUCAGCUAUUCGGGUGUGGCGCUUCAGCGACCAGAGAGCAGAAAUCAGAGCGGGGCCGCGGCGGGGUAGCGGAGCGCUGGUCGGAGGCUGUCGGGCGGCACUGAUUAACGGCGUGGAGAAGAGAGCGGGGCUGAGAAAUCCGCACACGGCGGCGUUUUUCUCCCGUUUUUCUGCUGUGUUUAGAGCGCGAGCGAGAUCCAGGGCUGAGGGCUCGAGCUGCUGCUGCUGUUGCUGCGCGCGGGCGGACCGUUCAGAGUCUGUUUGAAAACUUUACGUUAGUUUUUGGUGUUUUUUGGUGGAUUUCGGCGAAUUUGCUGUAAAGACUCGCGAUUUUCACUGUCUAAGUAAUGUUAAACUACUUAACUUCUUCAGUUUUGGAUCCGUAAAGCCGCUGUUUUUACCUUUUUCUUAAUAUUUUUCGCAUUUGAGUUUUCUAAGUUUGGCUGUUCGUUGAUUAACGUCAAAAGUUAGCUUAGCUAAGCUAACUAACGUUAAUCUGCAGCGGCUGGAUUUCACCUGUAGCUAAUUACAGCUAGCUAACCAGAGUUUCCCUACUUUUAAAACUACUUUUUUGACUCAGAAAAGGGGAAGUUGGCAGGUUAAAAGCGGCCAGGGGCCCCAAACACACACAAACAAGCAGUUAAAGAGGAUAAAAUCCUCAUUUUUUUCUCUAAAGUACCGUUUUUAACCUCCGGCGCCCUGAAGCGAGCACUCAUGGGGUGUACCGUCAGUCAGGAGGACAAAGCGGCGGCCGAAAGGUCCAGGCAUAUCGAUAAAAGCCUGCGAGAGGACGGAGAGAAGGCUGCGAAAGAAGUGAAACUCCUGCUGUUGGGUGCUGGAGAGUCGGGGAAGAGCACCAUUGUUAAGCAGAUGAAGAUUAUUCAUGAAGAUGGUUAUUCAGAAGAUGAGUGUAGGCAGUACAGAGCUGUUGUCUUCAGCAACACCAUCCAGUCCAUCAUGGCCAUCAUCAAAGCCAUGAGCAACCUCAAGAUCGACUAUGAGGAUCCUGCCAGAGCUGAUGAUGCGAGACAGCUCUUUGCCCUGGCUGCAGCUGCGGAGGAACAGGGUGCCCUGCCCGAGGAUCUGUCCAGCGCCAUCACCAGGCUGUGGUCCGAUGCAGGCGUCCAGAGCUGUUUCACCCGCUCCAGAGAGUACCAGCUCAACGACUCAGCUGCAUACUACCUGAACGACCUGGACAGGAUAGCCAUGUCUAACUACAUCCCGUCCCAGCCUGAUGUGCUGAGGACCCGUGUGAAGACCACAGGCAUCGUAGAGACGCACUUCACCUUCAAAGAUCUCCACUUCAAGAUGUUUGAUGUGGGAGGCCAGCGAUCUGAGAGAAAGAAAUGGAUCCACUGUUUCGAGGGCGUCACUGCAAUCAUCUUCUGUGUUGCCAUGAGUGCCUACGACCUGGUGCUAGCUGAGGACGAGGAGAUGAACCGGAUGCAUGAGAGCAUGAAGCUGUUUGACAGCAUCUGCAACAAUAAGUGGUUCACGGAGACGUCCAUCAUCCUCUUCCUCAACAAGAAAGAUCUGUUCGAGGAGAAGAUCGCACACAGCCCUCUGACCAUCUGCUUCCCUGAGUACACAGGUGCCAGCAAGUACGACGAGGCGUCAGAGUACAUCCGCACCAAGUUUGAGGAUCUGAACAAGAAGAAAGACACCAAGGAGAUUUAUUCCCACUUCACCUGCGCCACCGACACCAAGAACAUCCAGUUCGUCUUCGACGCCGUCACUGAUGUCAUCAUCAAGAACAAUCUGAGGGACUGCGGACUCUUCUAGUGGAAAAGCUGAGGAAGGGCCGAGAUUACUUGAACUGUAUUGAUGAGCAGGUGAAGGAGAGGAAUGCGUUCUGACUGACUGCACUGGCCGAUUAUAACUGAUUCCUGCUUCAGCCUGGUUAUGGAAAGCUGGAGAGCCUCAGAGGUCCAAGACGCCGAACACAGAAUUCAGCAAACGCCAACCCCCUAACCCCCCCACCCCUCAGACAACCAGUGUUUUCCUUCCCUCUUUCCCCUAACAGUUAUUUUAAUGUUUGAUUUUAGAAAGCAGCUCCAUCCAUCAUGUAUUAUUAACCUCUUUGGGUUUUGACCACAAAUCAACAAUUAUUGUAUUAUUUUUUUUAUUGAUGUUUUUCCAUUGUUUAUUUUUCUCUUCAUUUAUUUUUCCAAUAAUAGCAGAGACGACUUUUUAUAUGAAUACUUUCAUUUUACUCUUGAAAAUCUGAUGUGGAAAUUUUAUUAAAAACUUUUAAUUGCGUAAAAGUGCAUUUUUAUAAAAACAGCAGACACUCAGAGAGAAAUAAGAUUGAAAAGGAAUGUUUUUUUUUUUUUUUUUUAACAAUGUUUACAUGUCAUCAUUUAUAGCCAAACAAAACGUCAUCCUGCAUGAUGGAAGCCUGAUAGCUGAUAUAUUACCAUAGUAAUCUCUACACAAUCUCAUAACAUUCCUUUUUAAAAUUAAAUGAAAUAAAAAGAAGAAAAAAAUACAAAAACUAGAAAAAAAAAGACCUGAGAGGACGCAGGAGGUCGUGCUGAACUUGAGCUGAGGAUAUUUAAUGUAUGUAUGUAAGAAUAGUUCUUCUCCACUUGUGUCUACCCACCCAUUCCACCCUCUUGUUUUUUGCUUUCUGUUUUUUGCCUUUAUUUCUAUUGGAUUCGUAGAUCCUGUUUUAUUUCUCUUUCCUUCGUCACCGCCUUUCUCUUCCUACUGUACACUUUUGUCACCAUGUAAGGAGAAAUAGUUAUUAACUAAUGAGAGUCAAAAAGUCUAAUUGAGUUAAAAAGGGUAGUUUUUUUGGUAAAGUUUUAAAAUGCUUUGAGAAUCCUAUAUAAUGAUUUAAUUUAAAUAAAAGUUGUCACUAGAG